CAUCUAGUGAACUACCCUCAAACCUAGAUAUUUCUCUAGGGACUCUCCACUUGAGGUCAAACACACCUUUCUCAUCUUCCCCAAAAUGUCCACCAGAUUCCCCACUAUAAACCCUAAUUCACCACACUUUUUCUUCACAAUUUUCUCAAUAUGUCUCUGUCUAACACCAAUCAUCACCAAUUCACGAACAAUUCGAACAAUUACCUCUUCUUCACACCUCUCAGACGAUUCAUCCACCACAUACCUCUGGCCGUUACCGUCGGAAUUCACUUCCGGCAACGAAACCCUAACUGUAAACCCUAAUUUAUCCAUCUCCGGCUCCGGCAACGGCGGAAAUUCAGUUAUUGUUCGAGACGCCUUUGCGAGAUACAAAUCGAUUAUAUUUAAGCAUGUAGGAAGGUCUAAAUUUAAAUUUAGCGAUUUGGAUUAUGAUGUUGGUAAAGUUAAUGUUAUUGUUCAUUCUAGCGAUGAAGAGCUACAAUUAGGUGUUGAUGAGAGUUAUACGUUGUUGAUUGCGAAGAGUAAUGGGCUUUCGAUUAUCGGAGAGGUUACUAUUGAAGCGAAUACGGUAUAUGGUGCAUUGCGCGGAUUAGAGACUUUUAGCCAAUUAUGUGGUUUUGAUUAUGGAACUAAAACUGUACAAAUUUACAAAGCUCCAUGGUUUAUCAAAGAUAAACCACGAUUUGCGUUUCGCGGGCUUUUACUUGAUACUUCAAGACACUAUUACCCAAUUGAGAUAAUCAAGCAAAUAAUUGAAUCUAUGUCAUAUGCCAAACUUAAUGUUCUGCAUUGGCACAUCAUAGAUGAACAGUCAUUUCCUUUAGAAGUACCUGCAUAUCCAAAGCUAUGGAAAGGUGCAUAUACGAAGUGGGAACGGUAUACUGUGGAAGAUGCUUCUGAAAUAGUUAACUUUGCGAAGAUGAGAGGUAUUAAUGUUAUGGCAGAGAUUGAUGUUCCUGGUCAUGCAGAAUCAUGGGGUACUGGAUAUCCUGAUCUUUGGCCUUCAUCUUCAUGUAGAGAACCUCUGGAUGUUUCAAAGAACUUCACUUUUGAGGUGCUUUCUGGGAUUUUACAAGAUAUGCGCGAUAUAUUUCCUUUUGAGCUCUUUCAUCUAGGAGGUGAUGAAGUCAAUACUGAUUGUUGGAAAUACACCCCACAUGUGAAGCAAUGGCUUAAAGAGAGGAACAUGACAGAAAAGGAUGCAUAUCAGUAUUUUGUGAUCAAAGGUCAAGAGAUAGCUAUAUCCAAAAACUGGAUCCCUGUCAAUUGGGAAGAAACGUUCAACACGUUUGCCGAAAAGCUCAAUCCAAAGACUGUUGUGCAUAACUGGUUGGGCCCAGGUGUUUGUCCAAAGGCAGUUGCACAAGGGUUUAAGUGCAUAUACAGCAAUCAAGGGGUUUGGUACCUCGAUCAUUUGGAUGUCCAAUGGGAUGGUUUCUAUGAUGCUGAGCCACUAGAAGGGAUAACUGAUUCUACUGAACAAAAACUUGUGAUUGGUGGAGAAGUUUGCAUGUGGAGUGAGACCGCUGAUCCUUCAAAUGUUCAGCAAACAAUAUGGCCUCGUGCUGCAGCUGCCGCAGAGCGGUUAUGGACCUCGAAGGAAGCGGCACCGAUAAGCAACACAUCUGAGACUGCAUUAACCAGGCUGCAGUACUUCAGGUGCCUACUGACUAGGCGUGGUGUUCAAGCUAGCCCUGUAACAAACUUCUAUGCUCGAAGCCCGCCUUCUGGUCCAGGAUCAUGCUAUGACCAGUAACUCAAUAUUCACCCCAUGUUCUGCUUCCUAAAGUUGUAUAUACUGUCGGUCCGGGCCAAACAGAUCCCAGAAAGCCCAACUGUCAUGACGCUUGUUCAUGAAAAUCAGGUUGUAUUUCCUUUUCCACUUGAUAUAAGCAAAACGUGUGUUGGUGUGAAACUCGACUUUUCAAGAUUGUACUUGUGUUUCGUUGUUGUUGUGGGUGACGAUGCUGUAGAUUGUGUGUUUACUGGACUGGACUGGACAUGUCCGUCCAAAAAAAUUAAUGAAUUUAGAUUUUCUUGGAUCUUUGGAAA